ACCCUUGUCUAUGACUAAUGGAAUAUAGUGUACCGAAGGUUUUAGCGUAAUUCUUUUCUUUAGUUAUUCACCACGAAUUUUUGUCUCUUGAUCUAAACACUGUUAGUAAAAUGGCUGAUAAUAAGUUAUACGAAAUAUUAGGUGUAUCCAGGAAUGCAAGUGACACAGAAAUUAAACGAAAUUAUCACAAGUUAGCAAAAGAAUUUCAUCCUGAUGUUAACCCAAAUGCUGGUGAUCGUUUUAAAGAGAUUAGUUACGCCUAUGAUGUAUUAUCUGACUCUAAAAAGCGACAAGUUUAUGAUAAAUAUGGAUUGAAAGGGCUCCAAGAGGGUGGUCAAGGCGGUGUUCCUCAAGAUGAUCUAUUUCGCCAUUUCUUUGGUGAUAUUUUCGGAAUGGGUGGUGGCCGGAGUCGCGGAAGAGCGCGUGGUGAAGAUACUAUUCAUACAUUGAAAGUGUCUUUAGAAGAUAUGUAUGUAGGAAAAACGGCAAAAUUGCAACUGAGUAAAAAUGUUAUCUGUGGGCCAUGUAAGGGUAUAGGCGGUAAACCUGGCGCAGUUGUUUCUUGUAGUGACUGCCAUGGACAAGGCAUUAAAGUAUCCUUUCAACGAAUUGGCCCUAACAUGACUCGACAAUUGCAAAGUCGCUGUCCCACUUGUCAAGGCCAAGGAGAAACAAUAAAUGACAAAGAUAAAUGCUCAAAAUGUAAAGGAAAGAAAGUUUUAAAUGAAACUAAAAUUCUUGAAGUACAUGUAGAAAAAGGAAUGCGUGAAAAUCAAAAAAUUAUCUUUCGUGGAGAAGGUGAUCAGGCACCUGAUGUUGAACCAGGGGAUGUUAUCAUUGUACUUCAACAAAAAGCCCAUGAUGUUUUUCAAAGGAAUAGUGAUGAUCUUAUAAUAAGACGUGAUAUUUCUUUGACUGAAGCACUAUGUGGUUUUGAAUUUGUUGUUAAACAUCUUGAUGGACGUGAUCUCCUCAUUAGACAUGCAGCAGGAGAAGUAAUUAAGCCAGGAGACUUAAAAGGAAUAAAAGGUGAAGGAAUGCCGCAACAUAAAAACCCCUUUGAGAAGGGAAAUUUAUAUAUAAAGUUUGAAGUUACUUUCCCGGAAAACAACUUUGCAGCAGAAGAGCAAUUAAAACAGAUAGAAACUGUGCUUCCACCUCGUCCUGCUUUUGUUAUGCCUACAGGUGAAGAUGUUGAAGAAGUCAACCUAAUGGAUUACACUCCUAGUGAGAGGAAUCGUGUUACUAGGGAGGAAGCAUAUGCUAGUGAUGAUGAAGAACACAUGCAUUCAGGGCCAGGAGUUCAGUGUGCUCAUCAAUAGACAAAUUAUAACUUUUUAGGAAACUGAUUUUUACUCAGACCUCACAAAAUAUUUAAUAUUAAAAACAAUAGGUGGUUAGAAUGACACUAAAAUUAUCCUGGAUGCCUACAUUUAUUGUAAUAAAUUUACACCUGCAUGAUUAAAUAAUAUUGUAUAGUGUCUAAUAUUCAUUCCACUGCAUUGCUAGAUACUUUAUUUUUUAACCUUUUGAAGAUUGUCAUUUUCAUUUUGAUUAUAAGCUUUAGUGUUUAAAUUAUUGGUAAACAAGGAUCCAUGAAUUGAUUUUUAUUAUAUUUAAUUACUAUGCAAAAUGGUUUUGUCAUAAUAUAGGAGUGUAUAUGAAGUAUUCUGAAAAUAAAGAUGGGAU